AUGGCUGAACAGAGGGAAAAUGCCUUUCAAAAACAAGAGGUGAAGGGAAGAAAGGGUGGCAGGUAUUACAAAAGCAUUGGGCUUGGAUAUAAGACCCCCAAAGAUGCUAUAUUCGGAAGCUACAUCGACAAGAAGUGCCCUUUCACCGGCAAUGUACGUAUCCGCGGUAGAAUUCUCACAGGAAUUGUGCGCAAAAUGAAGAUGAACCGCACAAUUGUUAUCAGACGUGAUUACUUAAAGUACGUCAAAAAGUACAACCGGUAUGAGAAACGUCACAAGAAUAUGUCAGUGCACCUCUCCCCAUGUUUCAGGAGACAUUGUGACAGUUGGUGA